AUGGCCUCCAUUUGUUCUCUUUCUCUCCCGAUACCAAACAUAAUCAGAGCUACAUCUCUUCCUGCAACUCCUACUACAACUACCCUUUCCACUCCCGACUCUCUCGAUGAAAAAUUCGGUCACAAAGGCACUAAAUUCUCAGAGUCCAACAGCGUUCCGUUUGUUGAGCUGACUGUAAGAAAUGGAAGCCCAUUGAGACUAAGAAACCCCGAUGCUCAUGUCACUUCUUACAAGCCUAAAGUAUAUUGGAAAGACGAUAGCUUAGAGGAGAUUCUUUACAUGGUCCCUGCCGGUGGAACGGACUCUACCAAGUCCAAAGGAGGAAUUGGUUUGGUUAUCAAUGAUGCAACUGAAAAAAGCUCGAAAGGGUUGCUUUUAUCCGGUUAUGAUUGGACUGCAAAGGAUGCUGAUAAUGAUGCCAUUGAUGCUCUUCAGGUUGAGUUAAAGCAGUGUUGCUGGAACUUUAGAUAUCAGUUAUGUCAUUUCCCUUUAUCCCCUAAGCAUUGCAACGGCAGUCAUUGUAAAGAACAAUGGCCACAAAGAUGCGAGUUUAACCAGUGCCAUACAUUGUACAGCACUGUUUACCAUCCUAAAACGGAUGGCCAAACAAAAAGAGUGAACCAAUUUUUAGAGCAGUAUUUGCGGGGAUUAUGUUUUUUAAAACCUAAAUAG